GCCCUGUUGUGGCUGUCCCUCCUGCGGCUGAGCACCCAGGCCUCGGAUCUGUCUUCCGAGUGUGGGAAGAGCACGGUCACUGGGAAGAUCUUUGGUGGCAAGAAGGCAAAUCCUGAGCGGUGGCCGUGGCAGGCCAGUCUGCUGUUAAAUGGCAGGCAUAUCUGUGGAGCCACCCUCAUCGACAGAAACUGGGUAGCCUCUGCGGCCCACUGCUUCCAAAGGUCCCAUUCACCAUCUGACUAUCGGAUCUUGCUUGGGUACAACCAGCUACACCAUCCCACCAAUUACAGCCGGCAGAUGACAGUGAGAACGGUCAUCGUUCACUCAGAGUAUGACAAGCAGCACCGCAUGGGCAGUGACAUCACUCUGCUGCAACUGCAUGUGUCCGUGGACUUUAACUCCCACAUCAGCCCCGCCUGUGUCCCAGAUUCCUCCACGGUGUUGAACACUAGCCGCACCUGCUGGAUAAGUGGCUGGGGGAUGAUCACCGAAGACACGUUUCUGCCUAGACCCUUCCAGUUGCAGGAGGGAGAAGUCGGUAUCAUAGAAAACAGGUUCUGUGCAAACUUUUUCCAACCUGAAAACCCCAGCAAGCCCAGCAACAGAGAUUACGGCAUAUAUGACGAUAUGUUGUGCGCCGGGAACCUCAUGGAAGAGACAUCCAUCUGCCGAGGAGAUUCUGGGGGUCCUCUUGUCUGCCCGGUGAAUGGCAAAUGGUACCUGAUAGGCAUCUCCAGUUGGAGCUUGGACUGCCGCUCACCCAUCGGCCCCAGCGUCUUCACCAGAGUCAGCUACUUCUCCAACUGGAUCAAGGAAAACAAGAAGAUCACACCUACUCCCAGCCCCUCUGAGAUACCUUCCCAGGGCACACCCCCGGCUCUGGGCAGCAUGGUUUCUCUGGGUACUGUCCAUAGGCCUGGGGCCUGUGCAGCUCUCGUGUCUGCACAGACCUUCCUGCUGCUGCUACUGGUCCCUGGGAGCCUGUGACAGACUCAUGGCUCAUUCCCCAGCUGCGCCAGGUGACUUCCAACUGAGCUCCACACUGUCCCCAAAUGUGUCCAUCUCAAGCUCUACUGAGACCUCUCUGUCCUGGGCUGACAAAAUAAAAACUACUCAGGAA